AUGUCGUGUUGUUUAUCUUGCUGCGCAUCUUUGACAUGCGGUCUCUGUACCUCCGUGGCAUCCGGGAUCUCUCAAAAAUCUGCUAGGAUCGGUUACUGUUUUCUCUUUGGCGCCUCUCUCAUAGUUUCUUGGAUUAUCAGAGAAGUUGGUGCACCCCUUUUGGAGAAAAUCCCAUGGAUAGACUCAUCGGGAACCCACACGAAGGAAUGGUAUCAAGCGCAAGCGGUACUUCGUGUGAGUUUGGGAAAUUUCUUGUUCUUUGGUAUUUUAGCCCUCAUAAUGAUUGGUGUGAAGGACCAGAAUGAUACGCGUGAUUCAUGGCACCAUGGUGGAUGGACCGGAAAGAUAGUGAUAUGGCUUUUGCUGAUUGUCCUUGCAUUCUUCAUUCCAGAUUCUGUAAUGCUAGUGUAUGGAUUCAUAUCGAAGUUUGGGGCUGGCUUGUUUUUAUUGAUUCAAGUGCUAAUUUUACUCGACUGCACCCACAACUGGAAUGAUGCAUGGGUUGAGAAAGAUGAACAAAAAUGGUAUAUUGCUCUACUUGUUGUAUCACUCGGAUGCUACAUUGCAGCAUAUGCAGUUUCAGGAAUUCUUUUUAUUUGGUUCAACCCUGGUGGAUAUGAUUGUGGUCUUAAUGUCUUCUUCCUUUCCAUGACGAUGAUUCUUUGUUUCGUGUUUGCAGUUGUUGCUUUACAUCCUAAGGUAAACGGAAGCUUAUUGCCUGCAUCUGUAAUUUCACUUUACUGUGCAUACGUAUGCUACACUGGUCUUUCUAGCGAACCUCGAGGUUACGAGUGCAAUGGUCUCAACAAGUCCCGAGCUGUAAGCACAAGUACGCUCAUUCUUGGCAUGCUAACGACAGUUCUGUCUGUGUUGUAUUCCGCACUUCGUGCAGGAUCUUCAACCACAUUCUUAUCACCACCAUCUUCACCUAGAGCAGGUGAGAGCAAACCUCUUCUUGAAGAUGCGGAAGAAGGAAAGAACAAAAAGGAAGAAAAAGAAGCGCGGCCAGUUAGUUAUUCCUAUUCAUUCUUCCACCUAAUAUUUGCCCUGGCUAGCAUGUAUUCAGCCAUGCUUCUUUCUGGAUGGACCAGCUCAUCUGAAAACUCAGAUUUGAUAGAUGUUGGUUGGACAUCAGUAUGGGUUCGGAUUGGCACAGAAUGGGUUACUGCUGGGUUGUAUCUGUGGACUCUCUUGGCUCCUUUGUUGUUUCCUGAUCGUGAAUUUGCUUAG